UCUCUUCAAAUCAAAAUCUGAGCGUAAAUUUAAAGAACAGAUUGAGGUAUAAUUAUUAGUAAACUUUAAGCGAGAAAUUCCAAAAACUAAUGAAAAAUUAUGGCAAGGACAAGGGCGUGAACGAUGUAAAUAAGGUCCCUAGCGCUUCUUUUUGCUAUCAGACAAUGAUACAGGAGUCAUAUGCUCCUACUAAAGAUAAGCGAUCUAUUCAUAAUCACUCAAAAUUUCAACACAGAAAUCAAACCGAUACUAUUUCAACCCAGAUUUAUUCUAAAAGAGACUAUGAUCCUGGUAAAAUUAGGGCGAUUAAGGCUCCAUCGGCUCUGAAUCUCCAAGAACUUUCCCUUCAGGAAGACAUGAUGGAAGAAAUUAGGAAAAUCAAAGCUGGUCAUAAGGACUACAUGCUGAAUAGGAUGACGAUUUUAUAACCCCGAGGCACACUAGGAAUAAAGGUACUAAUGCUUCCCAAAUUGGGAAGUACAAUAAGCCUUCCACAUUUUACAGCCAGAAGGAAUUUCGUGCUAAGAUGACCAUAUCUGGUAAUAAUUCUUCUUUGAAGAAUCAGAAACGAAGGAUAAGCCCUUAUGUUAAAAGAUCCAGCCCUGUACAAUCCACUAGAAGGGUUAAAAAGCUGUAUAAAUCUAUUGACGGCAACUCUGGAAGGAGUGGAGACCGAAUCAUAGCUCUUAACAGCUCCAAACAAGACUUAAAUCAGAGAUAUCCUGUGGACCCAGACAAGAAGCUAAAAUAAAAUACUGAGAGUCUAUUGCGAUAGUAAGACAGACUCAAAGCUGUAUCACUUGAAAUUAAGGAAAGCAGACCAGAUUCUGAAGAAGAAAGUGGACAAAUCUCUCAGUAAACUUUCUGGGAAGAACAUGGGAGGUCCAAAAGAUGUUAUUUUGGAAGAUAAAAGCAAUUCUAGAAACUCACUGUUGGUGAAGGUAAAUUCAGGGAGUAUUCUCAGUGAUUUACCCAAGAUAAACAUCAAGGCAGUGAAAGAAGGCAGAAAUUCUACUCUGAAAAGCGAGAAGACUCAUCUGACACUUAGCCAAGCAAGCUUGGCUAAGUUUUCAGAGAAUCGACUCAAUUCUACAAAGAGGAUUCAUGGCUGUUUCAAGCCUUAUAAUCCAAAUCUGGGUGUAUAUGAGGUUGUCUCCGGUUCUGAUAGAACAAAAAAGCUCCUCAAUGGUAAAGUUCGGAUUCGAAGGAGUCCGAAUCCACUAGGAUAUCUUCCUGGAGAGCAGAGGCACCAUCAAAGUGUAAAUUUGGACAAGAAAAUGCUCAACCAGAAAGCUGAAUUCCUUCAAGAGGCUAAAACUAGAAAUCUACAGCAAAAUGCUCAAAAAGUUCUGAAUAAAGACAUUUUUGAAGAAAUAAAAUCCUCCAGAGGCCAGGGUAUUGUCUGCAACCUGAAGAGUCGAAUUCUGGAUGGAAGUAUCUCUUCUCGGAGAUACAAGUCACACUUGCUUUCUAAAAACAAACAUAAGAGGAAAAAGAUCAGUAAGAAGUUAAAAUUUGCAAACUACAACUAUUUUCCUAAUCAGGAGUCUAAAAUCAGUGAAGUUUCUGAAGCAAAUAACUUCUUGGCUCGGAUUGGAGACUCCACUUUCAAACCUAUAGGCAAUUUGGAGAAAAUGCAGCUCCCCAGUCCUAGAGUUAUCAAAAUCUCUAAGAAAACUAGCAUAACGGAUUUUGAGAUCAGAGAUGAGAUCUCUAGAGGCUCUUUUGGUGAGAUAAAAGUUGUUAAGAAGUUAAGUAACAAAUAAGCCAUAUGCCUUGAAGAUCAUCAAUAAAUCUUCAGGUGUGAGGAAAGAGCAUGUCAGGAACGAGCAUAAAAAUUUAGCCUUGUGAAGAGACUGCUCCUUCAUUAUCAAAUUCGAGGAGUUCUUCACAGAUGUCAAUAACUAUUACAUAUUGACUGAGUAUGCUCCAGGUGGAGAACUAGUUCAGGUUUUCAAGAAAUUCCGCCUCCAGAUGCAUAAGGAAGGCAGGCUUAUCCAAAGCAUCAGACAGUACCUGGCUGAGAUACUCAUAGCUCUAGAUUAUCUGCAUCAGAACAAUAUUGUUUAUAGAGAUUUGAAACCAGAGAAUAUAGUCAUUACUGAGAAAGGGCAUGUUAAACUCGUUGAUUUUGGUUUCAGUAAGCAGCUAAAAGCUGGUAAAAGGACCUACACUCCAUGCGGUACUAAGGGAUAUGCUGCUCCAGAGAUCAUCCAAGACCUCGGGCACGACACCACUUCUGACAUCUGGUCGUUUGGCGCUCUUUUCUGAUACAUGCUCUCUGGAUCUAUAGGCAGCAAGGAGAUAGACACUAAGAAAAUAUUUAGGCUAAUUCCCAACGAGCCAGGUGCGAAGGAUCUAAUCAGCAGAUGUCUCAGUCAGUUUCCAGAGAACAGGCCUUCUGUUGAGACCAUAAUGACUCACAAGUUCUUCAAUGGCAUUGACUGGGACGAAGUUCGAGACCUUCAACUUGAGAAUUACUUCAUCCCAGUUGUGUUGAACAAGUACGAUACGAAGUAUUUCACCUACGAGUAGAGUAAAGUUUUCAAUUUG